AUGACGCUCGCCGACGAAAUCGAGCGCAGCGGCGCGUUCCGCGAUGUGAUCCGCGCGUCCAACCGGCAAGAGUCGGAAAUCGCCAGGCUGCGGGAUGCUUUUGCGGCCAAAUCGAACCGAGGUGAGCGCAAGCUCAAGCUCUACCACGGCACGUCGCUGGAGGCGGCGCUGCGCAUCGAGAGCCAGGGCUUCCAGGCGUCAGCGACAGGCUGCCUCGGCCCCGGCGUCUACUUGGCGCGCGCGGACAAGGCUCUCCGCUUUGCGCAGGAGGGCGGCCGGCACGGCGGCGCGGAGGGCGGCCUCGUCGAGGUCCUCGUGCGCUUCAAGAACCCAAAGUUUGUUGCCGCCGAUGACGACACUUGGCAGGCCGAGGGCUACGACGCGUGCCGGGCCGAGGAGACCUCCGCCUCGCAGAAUAUGGAAUGGUGUGUCCUCCACCCCUCCCAGUGCCACGUCGUGCGCGUGCAGCCCGUCCCGCUGGUUGGCGGCAGCGCGCGCGUCAACGCUGUGUCGGAGGGCUCUUCCUUUGAGCUGGUGGAGGAGGCGCUCGGCGACCUCUCCCUAGACAGCGCCUCUGCCUCUGAUGCGGCCUCCGAAAUCUCAGACAACUACUCCGCGCCGACCCACGCCAACUUGCGCGCGCUCGCGCAGUCCGAGCAGCCAGAAGCGGUGAGGCGGAUGUUUGUCUGCCCAGAGCACGGCUUCUUUUGGAAGAAGGUGGCGCCCAAGCGCAACGGACUCUGCGUCGCUCGUUGCAGGCGUUGCCCGGUGGUGAACGGCGUCGGCACCCGCUACAUUGCAAUCCCAGCGGCGGAGGAGCGCGGCAAGGGGCUCUUCGAGUGCGGUGACUGCGGCAACGUGUGGACCUCCAACACCGCGUGCCGCUCGCUCAAGCAGUAUUGCCAUGCGGAGAAUUGCAACGCUCGCGAGGAGAUGCGCGGAUUCCUGCCAAAGGAGAUUCGCGCGCCAGAGCCCGCCUGGCUACGCGCUCGUCGCGCCCAGGCCCGCUCGCGCAACAUCCCAAGCAUCGACGAGGAUCAGCCAUUCGAAGCGGGCGGGGAACAGGGCGGGGCGGGCGGCUUCGAGGGCGGCGGCGGCCAUGAGGGCGGCGGCGGCUAUGACGGCGGCGGUGGUUACGAUGACUGUGGCAGCUACAGCGGCGCUGGCCAGCUCUGGCCAGAGGGCGUGGCCGAGGCUGACGCCGGUCAGGGCACGCCGGGCGGCCCGACGCGUCGUGGGAGCACCCGGCGCAAGCACUGGUGCUUUGGGUGCGAAUCUGGCGCAUGCAGGGCGCCGCCGCCCCUCUCACUCAAGCACGAGAGCACCGGAAGCACGGCACCGACCCGCUCGACGCUCCGCACGUGGUCAACGGCAAACUCGCAUGCACGUCUCGCGCGCGCGUGA